CUACGGAGGUGAAGGCCCCUGGUUUGAAUCCUGGCUACUCACAUUGCGGUGUGUCCUUGGGCAAGGCACUUUAUCACAUUUGCCUCAGUCGACCCAGCUGUAAAUGGGUACCAGCAAAUUGCUGGGGGUAAGGUAUAAAUUGUUUUAACUGUUCUUAAAAUAGGGUCGCUCCAAAGCUCUGCAGAGCCUAUGUUAAUUGUUCCAAAAAGCGACGGUAAAUAAAAUUUACCUUUACCUUUACCUUAUAAGAUGAAAGACAAUAACACAAAACCAUGAUCUUUUGCAUGCAGUCACAUUUUCAAUAAGUGCAGCAAUAGACUAGUUGAACCAUUGAACAGUGUGUCUUCGACUUGACGAUGUACUCUCCAAAGCCUCUGUGGACAUCGCGACUGGAGAGGGUUAAAAACUGCUCAAGGCAGAGUGAGAUGGGCAUCUUCCAUGUGUGUGUUGUUAAAAUGACUUAUGCCAAACUUAUAUAUACACUGUACAUUCUAUUCUUCACCUAAGCAGAGAGUCCGGGGAGUGACUGGACGGAAGACUUAACGCAUACAGUUUCGGCUCAUAUACAGCAGCGGUGGGUAGAGCAUUCUAAACUGGUAUGGUGCAUGGGAAAAUUGAAUGUUGUUAUACAUUCACACGGCAGUGAGGCUGCAAGAACUUGUGGUCAUCAGUUUGUCUGGUGGUUCGAAUAAUUGCUUUAAUAGGUUGCAUGUGACUUGAAAACAAUAAGCAUAAAACAGUAAUGGCAAGAUGGUUCUGUUAAAGUCAAGUUUUGUCUGUGGGAAGUCUGUGUGGAUAAACUUUCUAAGAAGGUACACAGCCCGGCCAAUCAAACCAAGAAAGGCAAAGGCUGAAGGAUCCACUACUGAACAUUUUGUGGAUUUCAAGAAAGUACAGGUACUUGGUGGAAGGGGUGGUAAUGGCUGUAUCUCAUUCCACAGUGAGCCUAGAAAAGAGUUUGGUGGACCUGAUGGUGGGAAUGGUGGUCACGGUGGACAUGUUAUAAUCACAUGUACUCGUAAUAAGAACUCACUGGGUCAUUUGAAAUCAGUUAUUAAAGCAGAAUCUGGUAUAAAUGGAAGAAAUUCUGACAGACAUGGAAAAAAUGCUGAACAUUUUUACAAUGAGGUACCAAUUGGAACAGUGGUUAGAGAUGAAGAGGGUAAGGAGCUCUCCAGUUUAGAUUGUGAACGAGAAUACUACAUAGCUGCACGAGGUGGUGCAGGGGGUAAGGGGAACAAAAAUUUUGCUUCUAGUGAGGACACAACCCCACGGUAUGCUGAAGAGGGAGCACCAGGAGAAGACAGGGUCCUAUACCUCGAACUGAAAACCAUGGCUCAUGCUGGACUGAUUGGUUUCCCAAAUGCAGGAAAAUCCACAUUACUGAGAGCAAUAUCUAGAGCACGACCUAAAGUGGCCCCUUACCCCUUUACGACCCUUCAUCCUCAUGUUGGUAUUGUAGAAUAUGAUGACUUUGAACAAGUGGCAGUUGCUGAUAUACCAGGGCUUAUACCAGAUGCUCACAAAAAUCGUGGUCUCGGAAUUUCAUUUCUACGUCAUAUUGAGCGCUGUGUGUGCCUGCUGUUUGUGAUAGACCUGUCUGUUGACGAGCCAUGGAUGCAGUUAGAUCACCUAAAGUUUGAGCUAGAACAGUAUAAAGCGGGAUUAUCAGAACGGCCACAUGCUGUGAUAGGUAAUAAAAUGGAUUUAGAAAUCUCCAAGAAAAAUUUUAUCGAGUUACAAAAGCGGACGGACAUGCCUCUAUUUCCAGUAUCAGCUGAAAAAAGACUCAACUUGAAGCCUUUGUUAAUGCAUUUAAGAAAAAUGUAUGAUAUUAACAAUGUUGAGGGCGACUAUGGGUGAAAUAAGUACGUUUGUUAAUAAAGAUAUAUACAGUAAUUGUC